AAGUAAUAGCAUUAGUUUCCAAUCACUUUUUAUGUAGCUUAAGCAUAACAGUGUGAAACAAAAUACAGUUUUAGUUAGCCUUAAACUUAGUUUCAGUGUUAAAAGCAAUUAAUUAAAGCGUAAGUCGAACGAAAAAAAUUAACUCCGCAAAGAAAGCAGCGACAACAAUUGCACACGGCUUACAACCAGUACAUCAAAAACAAAAAAAAGAACACAUUACAUAUUUCAUUUCUAAAGUAUUCAAAUAAUUCCAAAAUUCCAAAAGUGAAUACAGAAGCUAACGAAAAGGAAGAAAUUCGAAAUUGCGAAAUCGCACAGUGAGAGCGAGUAAAACUGCAGUAAAAGGCGACAGUGAAAUAGCUAGCUCUACCUUAAACGCACUUUUUAAACACCCCAAGAACAACAAAAAUAUUGACGAAAAAUGUACGCUGGAGCGUAUGCACCCAACGCCGGUGGCGUUCAGCAGCAUUCGGGCGGCUAUUAUAGCAAUGGCGGCGGCAGCACCGGUCCACGUCACGACCGCCCUUUCUACCCGCGGGGCAAUUUCGCAGCAGCCGGCAAUGGAGCGGCUAUGAAUGGUGGUGGCGCAGCCGGUAAUAUGCAUUUCAGUCAACCCUAUGGUGUCAUGGCCUAUGGCAUACAGAAUGGCAGUAUCAGCAUGGGCGGUGGUGGUAAUCCCUAUCGUGGCGGUGGAGCCGUACAGAAUGGCACUGCCUUUAGCAGCAAUGGUGUCACCUUUCAGGGGCCACGUGCCCAAAAACCAAACUACGCACAACGCUACCAGAAACCGCACAACGGCAUGGGUAACGGUGCCUCCUAUCAAUCUGGCGGCAAUGGUGGCUAUAGUGCUGCUGCUUUGGGCAUGCUCUCUAAGGAGGAGCGGGCCGAAAUUCAACGCGAGAAGGCCAAGAAUCCCGGCAGGAAUUUGGUGAAGCCCAAGUGGGAUAAUUUGCAGCCUUUCCACAAGAAUUUCUAUAUCAUGCAUCCAAAUGUUUUGAAUAAGACCGAACAGGCGGUGGCCGAAAUGCGACGCGAUCUGGAAAUUACUGUCUCCGGUAAUGAUAUACCCCAUCCAGUGGCAAGCUUUGAGGAAUCUUCUCUGCCACCUCACAUCAUUGACGAGAUGAAGCGUCAGGGUUUCUCUAAACCAACAGCUAUACAAUCUCAAGGAUGGCCGAUUGCCCUUAGCGGUCGCGAUCUGGUGGGCAUUGCACAAACCGGCUCGGGCAAGACCCUGGCCUACAUGCUUCCAGCGAUUGUUCACAUUGGCAACCAGCCGCCCAUUAUGCGAGGCGAGGGUCCCAUAGCUCUGGUCUUGGCACCCACACGCGAGCUGGCCCAACAAAUUCAGUCGGUGGUCCGUGAUUAUGGGCAUUUGUGUAAGCCCGAGAUCCGUCACACUUGCAUCUUUGGCGGCUCCUCGAAGGUGCCACAAGCACGCGAUCUGGAACGCGGCGUAGAAGUAAUCAUUGCCACCCCAGGGCGUCUCAUCGAUUUCCUUGAGAAUCGCAAUACUAAUUUGCAACGUUGCACAUACUUGGUGCUCGAUGAGGCUGAUCGCAUGUUGGACAUGGGAUUCGAACCGCAGAUACGCAAAAUUAUUGAGCAAAUUCGUCCCGAUCGUCAGGUGGUCAUGUGGUCCGCCACCUGGCCCAAGGAGGUGCAGGCACUUGCCGGUGACUUCCUUAACGACUACAUACAAAUCAAUAUUGGCUCCAUGAAUCUGUCUGCCAACCACAACAUUCACCAAAUUGUUGAGAUCUGCAAUGAGAACGAGAAGCCGCAGCGCAUGGUGCGACUGCUCAAAGAGAUUGCACCGACAACAAACAAUGCGGCCAACAACAGCAAUAAGAUAAUCAUUUUUGUGGAGACGAAGAUCAAGGUCGAAGACAUUCUCCAGAUCAUACGCAGUGAGGGCUACACCGCCACAUCGAUACAUGGCGACAAGUCGCAAAGUGAACGCGAUUCAGUUCUUAAGGACUUCCGAAAUGGUAAAUCGAAUAUACUAAUUGCCACAGAUGUGGCCUCGCGCGGCCUUGACGUUGAGGACCUACAGUUUGUUAUUAAUUAUGACUAUCCCAACUCGUCCGAGAAUUAUGUGCAUCGCAUUGGACGCACAGGCCGUUGCCAGCAACUAGGCACGGCCUACACCUUCUUCACACCAGACAAUUCCAAGCAGGCACGUGAACUCAUCUCGGUGCUAGAGGAGGCUGGACAGACACCUUCACAGUCACUGUUGGACUUGGCCCGCUCCAUGCCGAAUUCGGGCAAUUAUCGCGGCAAUAAGCGUUGGAACAACAAUGCUGGCGAUCGUAAUUCUGGCAGCACUGUUUACCAGCAGCGCAGCAAUCCGCUCAACUAUCAGGCUGGCGGCGGUGGCUACAGUAGUCGCAGUGCUGGCAACGGCUCUAGUGGUUAUCAACAAUAUGCCGCUGGCGGCAAUGGCUACCAACAGAAUGGCGCCGGCGGAGUUGCUGGCAACUGGAAUCGCAGCGCGAUAAGUAACCCAGGACCGGAUGGCAACAAUCGCAAUGGCAACACCUAUCGCCCACGUGCUCCCUUCAAUGCAGGUGGUCCGCGAGCAAUAAUGGGUCAUAAUGGUGGUGGUGCCGCCGGCGGUGCACACAAUGCUGCUCAACCGCAUCUGGCGCAACAAGCUGGUCCAUUUAUACCGCAAAAUUACCGCGGUCGCGGUCAAUUUGUUCCGCCCAAUGCGGCUGCUGCCGCUGUCGCCGCCGGGGGCAUGCCACGUUUCCAGCAGUAUCCCAAACGCGAGUACCAACAACAGCCGCCGCAGCAACAGGCACCACCUCAUUACCAGCAGCAACAACAGCCGCAACAGCAAUCACAGCAGCAUGGUGGCAUGCCACAACAGCAGAAGCCACAGAAGCAGCACAUGAAUGAUGAUAACAAGGGUGGCUACAAAGAAUAUGCACCCACUGUUAAUACCCCAUUGCCAGGCGUCCAUUAUACGCCGGCCAAUUCGCCACCAAUUGCAGCAAAUCCGGCAGCGGUGGCUGCCGCAGCCGUUGCUGUUGCCGGUGGCGCUGCACGUGCUCAGGUAGCUCCAGCACCUGGCACUGCUUAUAUGUAUGACGCCACCGGUGUGCUAACAACUACGGCACCUGGCACCAAUCCCUACGCCAGCCAAUUUAGCAUGCCGGCCACAUAUUAUGCGGCCCAACAUCAUCAGUUUGCGCCGGCAGUUGCUGGACCUGGCGCUGCCAUUGAGCAGGCGGGUCAGCAUUAGGAUGACGACAUGGGUGAUGGUGUAUUUUCAAGUCCAACUGCAACAGGCGUAUCAUUGCAAUAGAAACACAAACAACAGAAAUAGCAGCAACAGCGAGAACAACGGCAACAGCAACAUCAACCAAAAAUGGAGUGUACAACACAAAUACGCUCGCAACACAAUAAACACACAUCUAUUAUAUAUAUAUCUAUAUAGCACACUGAAAUUAGUGAUUGAUCGAUUGAUUAAAACUGCAACUACAACAAUUAUAUGAACAAUAAUAAUAACAACGGCAACAACAUCAACAAAAGCAAGAAGUACCGACAACAUUGGCAAACAGUUGAAGAUUUUUGCAACAAACACACAAAACCAAAAACACAAGUCGGAUGAUUAAAUAUUUUGUUAUGUUAUAUUUAAGUCGACAUUAUGUAACGUUUUCAUCUGCCUUUAAUAUCAUAAUGCUUAUUAACUUGCCUGGACAAAGACAAAAACAAAAACAAUACUGCUCAAUAGCAGCAGAGAGGCAUGAACAACUAUAACUACAAAGUUGGUGAUAACUGCAACAACGCAACUCUCACGUAAACGUCUUUGUCAGCGUCAACAACACAAAGACCAACAACAGCGACAACAUUUUUCUGUCUUUAAAAGGUAAUCCUUUACACACACUUAAACAAAUUGAAAAAAAACCAUAACAAAAAAAAAAAUGAUAUCUUGAGUUCAACUUGCAAUUGUAAAUUAUAAUAUAUUUGUACUAAAAACACCCGCACGCAGAUAAUUGGAUACACGGCAUGUUCUUCGAAUGUUUAAGAGUUAAGAGACACGCGACAACGACAACAACAACAACAACAGUCAAACAACAUCAUGUUUUUGAACGAUCUCGAUUUGUGCACAGAGCUGAAUAAGAAUCGAACAGGAUUAUAAUUUGUUAAUUAACCUAAUUUUCUUUUUAUCCACACUAUUUUUACACUAUGUUGUCAAAUUAAUUUUAAGCGCUCAUACGCAUAUUAUGGCGUAACAAAAACAACAACAACUACCACAACAACAACAACAACCAACAGAAUUCUUGUUAGACAUAAUAAUUGAGAAAAGAAAAAUGAAACGGAAAAAUUGGAACAAUUUUUUGUAUAACUUUUUAAACUAACUUGGUUGGUAUGAAAUUAACGGUUUGCUUAUAUAAUACAAACUAAACCCAUAAUAUAAAGACAUAAAAUAAUAAAACAAAAAUUAAGCUAAUA